AUGGUGGCACCACUUCCUUCCGAUUCAGAGUUGAUAUAUAUCAGCAAUGAAGCAACAACAAAUAAUACUGAUAUUUACAUUAGCUAUAAUCCAAGUAGCUAUCAAGAGCAACCUCCUCCUUCCUUUAGUACAGCCUUAAAUGAUCCCUCCGAAUCACAACCAUCAGCAGCUAUUUUCUAUCAAACACAAGUAAACAGCAGCUACGGCAAUAUGGAAGAUAGUAGUAGUGCAAUAGUUUAUAAUCAAGCUUACCCAUCUCUUCCUGUAUUAAUAUCAGAAAAUGAAGAAAUAUCAAAUUCAACAAAGGUUCAACCUAUUAUUAUUAAUCUUAAACAAGAUCCAAGCAUAAUUCCAUCACAUAGUAAUGUUACUGUUUGUGAUAAUACAACCCCUUACCAAGUAGUUGUUGAUCAUUCUGCAAUUAAUAUGAACAUUAAUUCCUAUGUACCAGCCUCAAAUCCAACAAGCAGUAAUAACAAUUCUCAUUUUGGUGGACCUUUGAUGAAGUUGGUCGAUUUUCUAAUGUUUGUAAGAACUUUAAGGUCCUCUGACUUUAAUAGACAUAAGAGAAAUGGACAGCAACUUAUCAACAUAACUUUACUAUCGACAUUCAUUGGUGUUGGCACCCUUAUUGCAUGUGCAGUUUUAUUUGGAAUAGCUAAUGGAGAUAUUGUUAUGAUUAAUGAUGACACAGCUGUAUCUUAUAUUCAUAAAGGAUGCUGUGACAUUACCAAACAUACGUGUGAUGGGACUGGCUAUUGUAAUUUAAUUAUAGCAUUUCCUCCUCUCAAUGCAGAAUUUGCUAAGGAUAAUUCACAUGGAUAUAAUAUUAAUUGUAAGAGUUUUGAUUCUUUGAAGAAAAAAACCUUGACAUUCUCUCAACAAUUAACAUAUCCAACAGCUGACAUGACUUGGCACGAUAUUGAUUGUUACACGAAUAAGGAAGAAACAAUAGCUAGGAUUGAGACACCUUUUAGUGAACUCUAUGCCUCCUAUAGAGUUGGAGGGACAAUUUGUGCUUGUAUUGGAGGGACAUCGACUGCAUUAGCAAUGUCCAUGAUUUUCUUAAUGUGUAAAACAAUAAUUAAUAAGUAUAAAAGUUCUUACUAG